AUGAAGCUGAAAGAACUCGAGCGACCAGCUGUGCAAGCAUGGAGCCCAGCUAGCCAGUACCCUGUGUAUCUGGCAACAGGAACAUCCGCCCAGCAGCUAGAUGCCUCUUUUAGCACCAACGGCACACUGGAAAUCUUUGAGGUUGAUUUCAAGGACCCCUCUCUGGACCUGAAAUGCAAGGGAGUCCUUUCUGCUUCGAGCAGGUUUCACAAGCUGGUCUGGGGGACCUUUGGCAAUGGGCUUCUGGAAGGCUCCGGGGUUCUCGCAGGUGGCGGUGAUAAUGGCAUGCUUACUAUCUACAACGUGACCCACAUGCUGUCUUCAGAGAAGGAGCCUGUGAUUGCCCAGCAACAGAAGCACACAGGGGCUGUCAGGGCCCUCGACUUCAAUCCUUUCCAGGGAAAUCUCUUGGCCUCGGGGGCCAGUGAUUCUGAAAUCUUCAUUUGGGAUUUAAAUAACCUGAGUGUGCCAAUGACAGCAGGCUCCAAAUCACAGCAGCCCCCUGAAGACAUCAAGGCACUCUCUUGGAACCGGCAAGUCCAACAUAUUCUGUCUUCUGCUCAUCCCAGUGGCAAGGCAGUUGUGUGGGAUCUCAGGAAGAAUGAACCUAUCAUCAAAGUCAGUGAUCACAGCAACAGAAUGCACUGCUCAGGCCUGGCCUGGCACCCAGACACGGCCACCCAGUUGGUGCUUUCCUCAGAGGAUGAUCGCCUCCCGGUGAUCCAGCUGUGGGACUUGCGCUUUGCUUCCUCACCCCUGACGGUGCUGGAGAACCACAGCAGGGGAAUCUUGUCAGUGUCCUGGAGCCAGGCUGAUGCUGAACUAUUACUCAGUAGCGCCAAAGACAACCAGCUCUUGUGCUGGAACCUGGGGAGCAGCGAGGUGGUGUAUAAGCUACCAGCACAGAGCAGCUGGUGCUUCGAUGUGCAGUGGUGCCCUCGGAACCCUCCAGUGUUUGCUGCGGCCUCCUUUGAUGGCUGGAUCAGUCUGUACUCUGUGAUGGGUGCAAGCCGGGAAGUCCAGCAGGCGAGACAGCCUAACAAGAUUUCCUGUUCCCUCAGCAAAGGACAGCCUCUGCCGUUGCAGGUGCCAGAGCAGGGGGCCCACGCAACCCUGACACCUUCCCUGAAAAAGCCUCCCAAGUGGAUUAGAAGGCCGGCAGGUGUUUCAUUGGCUUUUGGGGGGAAGCUGGUUACCUUUGGCCUUCCCAGAAGCCCUGCCCAUCAGGCACCACAGCCUUACCCCCGCCUAGUCUUCAUCAGUCAAGUCACCACAGAAUCGGAACUCCUGGUGCGCUCAGCUGAGCUGCAGGCAGCCCUGAGAUCUGGAGACCUUCUGAAUUACUGUCAGAACAAGAUCCAGCGAACUUCCCCACAAAGUGAAAAGAUGCUCUGGCAGUUUUUGAAGGUGACCUUAGAACAAGACUCCCGGAUUAAAUUCCUAAAACUUUUAGGAUAUAGUAAAUAUGAGUUGAAGAAGAAGGUGGACACAUGGUUGAAGAAGGACUUGGAACAGAGUGGCAGCCCUCAGCCCAAGGGAAAUGGCCUCAACAGUGCUAGACAACAGGCCUUCUGCAGCCAGGCCUCCAAACAUACCACUGAAGAAGCCUCUGCUUCCUCAACUUUCUUUGAUGACCUGGUCCCUCAGAACAUGACUCCAUGGGAGAUUCCCAUCACAGAAGAUGCUGACGGACUCCUGAGCCAGGCACUCCUCCUUGGGGAGCUGGGCCCUGCCGUGGACCUGUGUCUGAAGGAAGAACGCUUUGCUGAUGCUAUCAUCCUGGCCCAGGCUGGUGGCGCAGACUUACUGAAGAAAACUCAGGAGCGCUACUUGGCCAAGAAGAAAACCAGAAUUUCCUUGCUUCUGGCCUGUGUUGUGCAGAGGAACUGGAAGGACAUGGUAUGUGCCUGUAGCCUGCAGAACUGGAGGGAGGCACUGGCCUUAUUACUGACGUACUCAGGGCCAAAGGAAUUCCCUGAGCUCUGUGACAUGCUGGGAACUCGCAUGGAGCAAGAAGGGGGCAGGGCACUGUCAUCUGAAGCCAGUCUCUGUUACAUCUGCUCGGGGAGUGUGGAGCGGCUAGUGGAGUGUUGGGCAAAAUACCACCAGGGCGCAGCCCCUCUGACGCUGCAGGAUCUGAUGGAGAAGGUGAUGGUCCUUAACAGAGGCUCGGAGCCAUUCCUGUGUCCUAAUGGGGUGAGCCCAGGCCCUGAUGUAGCCCACAGCAUCACGCAGUAUGCCAGCCUCUUGGCAUCCGAGGGCAGCCUGGCCAUUGCCAUGAGCUAUCUGCCCAGUGACUGUGCUCAGGCGGUGGUUCAGCAGCUAAGAGAUCGGCUUUUCCACGCCCUGGGCUCCGGUAUCUUGGGCCAACAGUGUCCCCCUUUUCCUUUCCCCCGGGUUGUUGUGGGAGCUACCCCCCACUCUAAAGAGACAUCACCUAGCAGAUUAGGAUACCAGCCUUCUCAGAAGAUCUCAACUUCGGCUCCAAGGCCAAGAAUUUUCACUCCUCAGUCACCACCAGUGAGACCACCACCCUUGAUACCUCCCCAUCCCAGCCCUUACCAGGGUUUCAAAGCCCACAGUCUGGUUGACUCAAGAGCACCUGGGCCUCAGGCAGCUCAGCCUCUACCCCUGGGCUAUGGGGCAAGGCCUGCUCUAUCUCAGCCACAGCUUUUAGGAGGACAAAGGAUUCAAGCCGCUAACCCUGUGGGACUCUCUGGAAUGUGGCCACUUCCUGCCCCCCCUCCCCCUACGGCACCCCUAGACCUCGUACAGCCUGGCUCUGCUGCCCUGCCUGAGACACCUCGACUGCGCCCUCUGCCUCCCUUCAGACCACCUGCUCCCAGCCCAAUGGGCUCCCAACCUGGAGCCCCUCCUUCCAACCUUCCUGUGGUGUACCCUCCAGGAGGGCCAGGUGUCCCAGGCUCCAGUGCCCUCCCAGGAGCUGGCAUCUUGACGCCUCACCCAGGGUCUCAAAAUUCCUGGAAAGAUGUGUCAGAUCUCAGGGGAAAUCUCCAGAAAAAAAAGUUGCCAGAAACAUUUAUACCCCCUGCACCAAUUACCGCUCCAGUUACGAACCUUAUCCCUGAACCACGAAGGAGCCUUGCCUCACAGCCCCCUGUCCCUGGUGUGGGUCAUGCUCCCCCCGGGGCUCCAGGAGAGCUCAGCCAGCAGGUGACACAGACUCUGCCCCCUGAGAAACUGGAAAGGAAAGAGCUGCCCCUGGAGCAUCAACCUUUGAAGACCAGCUUUGACACACUCCUACAGCGCUGCUCCCUGUCUGCCACUGACUCAAAGACAAAACGGAAGUUGGAUGAGGCAGCCCCACGUCUAGAGUGUCUAUAUGAGAAGCUCCGGGAGGGGACGCUCUCGCCUCAGGUGCUGGCUGGGCUCCAUGAACUGGCCCGCUGUGUGGAUGUGGGAAGCUUUGAGCAGGCCCUGGCCGUGCACGCCCAGGUGGUGAGCUACAGCCGCUUCAGUGAGGUGUCCGGCUUCAUGCCUAUGCUCAAGGCCAUCCUCACCAUCGCUCAGAAGCUGCAGGUCUAA